AUGCUAGCCCCCGUGCGAACACGACCAACCUCCACGCUCUCCAAGCCCGGAUAUGAGAAAAUAGUAAAAACAUGCGAAGUCGCCCGUGAACGGUAUAAGCUUGAUUGGGUAUGGAUCGACACGUGCUGCAUCGACAAGACGAGCAGUUCGGAGCUCAGCGAGGCCAUAAACUCCAUGUUCAAGUGGUACCGAUCUGCGACUGUGUGUCUGGUUUACCUCGCGGAUGUGAACGUGUUUGAGCGCGAGUUUGUCAAGUCGCGGUGGUUUCGCCGGGGAUGGACACUGCAGGAGCUUAUUGCGCCGCGGGAUGUGGUAUUUUUUGACUGCGGGUGGGUGCAGGGCGGGACGAAGAAGUCCAUGGCGGGUAGGAUUGCGGCUACGACGGGCAUCUCGACGAGCGUGCUCACAGGAGCGAGGUUCCUCAGUACUGUCCCCGUGGCGGCGCGUAUGUCCUGGGCUGCACUGCGGGAAACGACAAAAGAAGAAGACCUCGCAUACUGUCUGCUGGGUAUCUUCAGCGUAAAUAUGCCCAUGCUAUACGGCGAAGGCGCAAAAGCCUUCAUCCGCCUGCAAGAAGAGAUCAUGCGCAACUCGGCCGACCUCUCGAUUUUCCUCUGGGAGGACUCUGCGAUGACUCAGAAAUACACAGGCCUGCUAUCCCGCUCCCCCACGGCCUUUUACCGGAUGGGCAAAGUGGCUGUCGAACCAACCUUCUCCCAGCGCGAGUUCCUCGUCACAAACCGCGGCAUCCGCCUCAAACUCGGUCUGCACGUGAACGCGGUGCCAUCGUCAGGCCUCGCUGUUCUGCCCCUAGGCCACGUCGUAAACCCCUCCAAAGGCUCGCUUGGUAUCUACCUCCGGCGGGCGGGCCUCGAUCUCUUCGUGCGCACGCGGCCCAAGGAGUGUUUCGAAGGCGAUAUCAACCGCAUGUUCACCAAGUUCCAAGUCGUCAAGUCGCUGCACUACCACCAGUCUGUGGCGAUGUGGGACAACAGAUUGGUCAUCUCGAACCCGCUUUCCCUCCCUGUGUCCAGUGUCGAACCGCCCGGAUGCUGGGACCCGAAGCACGGGAUCGUGUACUCUGGGUUCAGCGGCGCGUUUCUGGGAUACAUUGAGUUUGAGCUGAGCGCACACGAUAAGUUUGCUGUCGUGUUUUGCCACAGGGAUCACGUGUGGUCCUGCGAUGUGGUGCAGGGGCAGAAGUGGGCGCAGGUUCAGAAGAACUUCCAGAGUCACUAUAUGGCGAGGUAUGAUAGGCUUAUAUACGCUCAAGGUCUGCUUUUUUGGUGGCAGGACCGUCGAGGUUCGCAAGGCGUCUGA